GAGACAAGGAGUUACGGACAUCCAGGCAGCUUUUUCUGGGCAGCACGAGCCCGGAAAAGGACACACGUUAACAAAGGAUUAACCCUUAAAAGCAAUAGCCUGUUGCAUAUUCAUACACUUCAUACAUGAUGCAUAAAUUCCAUUCAAACACAGGAUUCUGUCUGGUCAUCGUCAACUUCUUCCUCUGAAUCCUAACAGCGCCUUCAAGGCAGGAAGAAGUUCGUUUCUUCUGCUAAGAGGGCAAUAAAUUCCCUUUCUCUGAAAGAUUUAGGUGUCCUGUGCCUGCUAUCUUGCUGCGAGUCCUUUCUUUAAAAAAAAAAAAAAAAUAUCCAAAAUAGCAUAGUUUCUAUUUUAACAUUUUUUAUAACCUAAAACUAUAUUUAGCACACUACUUAAGAGAAUUAACACAGCAUUACUUUCUAAGACAACGCAUAUAAUAUUCAUUUUAAUAUUUGUGAAAAGCCAAUCAUAAAAUACGCAUCUUUCACAAUGGCUAAGGUGUCCCACAUGCAUCAAGCCCCAGCACACAGAGGAGGGCUAACCCCACCACAAAGACUGCUGGUAGGACUAACAGCUCCAGAUCGGCCCAGGAGGACUACAGGCAGGAGAGUUGUGUCCCUUCCAUGACUGGAGGUGUCCGUGGCUCCCUGAAGCAGCAGGCACCUUGGCACCUUGCUCUGUGCCUGCGUAAAGCGGCUGCGGGCAGGGAGCUGCGGCCACGCCGUGUCUGGGAAGCACUGGGACGGAGGGAGGGAGGGAACCGUGUCCAAAGGGCAGGAAGGGCAGUGCUGAGGUACUGACAUCCGUGCUGGGACGGUCAGUCACCUCUAAAGAAGUGUCCAAACAAAACUAAACAGAUUAAUCAAAGCCCUCACGGACACCCAAGCUACUCUAACAGCACGGCAAUCUGGGUGAGCUUAGCCCGGUCAAGUUUUCGCGCUGGUUAGCACAGCAGGGAGAAGGAAAGGAAACGCAAGCCCGAGCCUGGCGCAGGUUGUGGAGCUGGGCUUGGCUUGUUUUCUUGGUCAGAGGCAGCUGACUCCGUAUCGGGAAACAGCACUGCCCAGAACCGAAAGAGAAAGCAGAGAUAGCGAUCUUCACGUCACAAAAACAGGCUGGGGACAGCCCGCAGCCAGCGCAGCUCCGCCAGCAGCCGCAGAACCGCUUGUGUCCUAUCCCGGCACCACAGCCCUCUGCAGCGUGUUCCAGCUCCGCUCCCACCCACAUGGGCAGCCCAUUGAGAAAAAUGGGCAUCCUCCAUGUGAGCUUCCAGUCUCUCCAGAAGCCUUUUGAGAAGAAGCUCUCCAAGGGAGGCUACAAGAAGUGAAGGAAAAGAGAUCAGGGGAAGUGGACAGUGUGAAGCAGAAGCCUGCAGGACGGCACUGGAGGACAGUACACAUUCCGGGGAGAGGAGCAGAGUCAGCUUUGCCAACCAGGCCGAGAGAGGAGCAAGGUGGAUGGCAAUCACAGGCAUCCCCACAGCAGCUCUUACCAUGGUAGCAAGAAAGCAUGCAGGCACCAGGAUGGGUGUGCUGCCACAGUGGUGUGCCAAGAACCUGCUGCCCGUGCUGGCUUUGCUGGAGGCUGUUGGGACCCUGGCCCUGAUGUGCUACGCUCUGCUGUACGAGGCCGGGAACCUGGUGAACCUCCCUGACAAACUCAUUGGCUUCUACAACUUCUGCCUGUGGAAUGGUACAGCUGGGCAGCUGCAGUGCCUGGACAACCAGCAUCUGCAGGCCAUGGGCAUCAGUCCACUGCAACUGGGACUAGCCAGGGUUUGUGUGUAUACCUGCCUGGUCUUCAUCCUCUUCCACAUCCCUUUUGUUUUAAAUGUGAAUUCCACAUUUAAAGGGCAGGGAGAAGGAUGGAAGAUGAUUCGCAUCAUACUUUUCAUCAAGAUGAUAAUCCUGUCUGGAGGCCUGGGUAUGUUUCUUUUGCAAACCUCACACUGGAUUCAUCCCUCUGAUUUCACUGGAGGCUUCCUGGCACUGCUUGGGACUCAGGCUCUGCUACUGCUCCAGAUUCUCACUGUCACUGUGCACCUCAGCUGGGCCAAGCGCACACAUAUGUGUGAAAAGCUCUUAUCUGAGGAGGCCCUGCUAACUAAGAUUUGACAGUGAAGAAGAUACAAGAGCUAUUGGUAACACGAUUUAAAAUUGUAAUCCAUAUACAGCUUUACUCCCUAGCAAAAAUCUGAUUCCCAGUCCAAAGGCUCGUGUCCAGCCAUGCUCUGGCAUAUUGCUGUGUGCAGCAUUCCUGCAUCAACCUGGCAGCAGUCAACAGCCACAGCACAGAAGCUUCCCAGGUACAACAGCAUGUAACACUCCUCAGUUUGGGGCACAGCAUCAGUGACAGCACUUCUGGCCCCAAAGAGCAGUGAAGGUAGCAGAACCAGCUACCAGUGGGCACAGCUCUCUGUUCAUACCUAGUCUAAGUAAAAAAAGUUGCUAGCACCUCACAGUGUGUGAUUAAAUCUGUAAUUAACUAACAAAAUGCUUUUAAUACAUUUGACCCUACCACAUAAAAAAGGGAGUUUGAAAACAGGAUCUGUACUUUAUGUUUAACUAGGAACUAACAAAUGUUCAGGAAAAUGUAACCAAGUAGGUAAUUUCUUCAUAAGUAGACAGGAUACAUAUCACUUAAAAUAAACAGCCAAUCAACAACCAACCUUCAAGGCUGUGACCAUACUUCUGUAUCGUCCAUCUAGGACGAUACAGAAGUAACACCAGAAAGAAGCAGGCUUGUAGUUUGAAAACAAGAUAACAGACUGAGCAUGCACCAAGUAACCAUGCAAUAAAAGGACAAGUGAGGUAGACGAUUCAACGACCAGCAAAACCCCUACAGAGGGUAGUAAUAACCCCUACAAGACACUAGAUGGCAGAAAAGACUGAGACGGUUAACUCCAAUUCAUAUAAUCAUUUUUCAAAACCGGAGUUUUAUAUUAUUGAUUUUUCUGUGUAGUGAAUAUGUAACAGCUUUGUAAGUACAUGCUGCAUUAAUUCAUCCAGUGGCUGGGAGACUUUAUGUAAAUAAAGAAUGCCUGCUUAACAGUGAUAUUCUUUGCAGCUGAGUGAAUUUGCUUCAAGGGACAUGAGGGUCUGUUUUCUCUUGCUUCAGCCUUGGUGGGGAUGAGACUGGUGAUGCUGAUUUGACCGAUUCUUCAUUUCAAUACAUGCUCUCACAGCUGGCCUCAUGUGGUUUGUUUGUCCUUUUUUUUGAUUGGGAAGAGGAUACUGAGCCAUCUUCAUCCCUUCCCAGACCUCCAUGC